AUGUCAAAAUCAACAGGAAAAAGAAUACUACACUGUAAGAAUCAAAUGAUAUGUCGUAAGAUUGCAACAUGACAAGAAAUACUUAAAAAGAGGGAUUAACUAAAAAUUAUUAGUGUUAAAUCAUAUUCGAGACAAUAAUAGAAAUGAAAACUAGUGUAAUUUGCUUUUUGGUUUUCUUGUCGACGGUAAAUGGUUUCUCAUUUUUCGCGGAAAAAAUCCCAAAUGGAGAAUUUGUGCCACAUCCCUGCAAACCGAACUUCUUAUGGAAGGGGGUGGGACACAAGAAUAAGGACGGGGGAGGGGAGAGGAAUCAGUUUGGACGCGACUUUCUCAAGUCUGGAAAGAUUUGGAGCGAGUCCCUCUGCAGAAUGGACUCCGAUGGGGAUGGUAAAUCGAAUGGAGAAGAACUGGGCGAUCCAAACUGUGUAUGGAGAGAAGGGGACAUCCCACAAUUUAUUACAGGAAUAACCCACCCAGGUGUCUGCGACCCAAUGAACGCUACGAUCUGCUUGGAGAAGAACACUUGGGUAGACUGUAGUUUGGAAUCCUUUCAAUGCCAGGCUCUUCGGGAUGACCCAGAUAUAAAAAAUAUGACGCUGACAUUUCCUAAAACGCGUGUACCCAUGGAAGAGACAAACUAUUAUUGCAUGGCUUUCGAAUUUCCUCAAGCUGGCGACUACCACAUGAUUGCUACGGAACCCAUUAUAGACAACAUCCACGUCAUGCACCACAUUCUGCUUUUUGGAUGCACUAAAAAACCACCAAUGUCCACAACGGAGCCCCAGCAUUGUGGGAUGAGUCUUGGUGAUUGUCUUGACGUCAUCGGAGGGUGGACAGUAGGGGCCACAGGCGAAUGUCUACACAAAGACAUAGGAUUCAGACUGGGUCAGCAUGGCUACAGUUACGGCAUAUUACAAUUUCAUUGGAACAACCCUCUGAAGAGAUCAGACUACGUAGACGGUUCUGGAUUAAUGAUACAUUACACUCCAAAUAAACGCAUUGCUGAUGCAGGUGUCUUAGUCAUUGGACAGAACUUUUUUGAGAUUCCUCCGCAGCAAGAAGAAGUACACGUCACUGGUCGAUGUAAUAACCUUGCCUUGAAUGGACCCAUUAACAUCACUCGGGCUAUCAAUCAUAUGCACUAUUUAGGUAGAAAGAUGACGAUUGAACACUUUCGUGGAGAGGAUGAAACAGAAUACAUUACAAACGAGCACGAUUACAGUUAUGAUUCACCAAAGUUAUACAGUUUUUCAGAUCCUAUCGUAUUCAAACCUGGCGACACCCUGAAAACCACAUGUGUAUUUAAGUCUACAGGAAAAAAGAAAACUGUUUUUUAUGGGGAUGGAACAAACGACGAGAUGUGUCUUGGUUUUUUGACGUACUACCCAAAGCAAAAUAUCCAAGCCCCUUUCUGUGUUUCAUUUAAAGAUAUUGACCAAGUGCAAUUAUUUACUUCAGAGGAAUACAAGUCCUGUCGACACUGGGACUUUCUGUUGUCAUUAACGGAAGAAAUGCGACAUCUGAAAAAUCAGGUGAUAGAAAACUGUCAGCCGCUAAGAGGAUGCUUAAGUGAGUGUCAAUCAAUCGUGAAGUUAGUAAAGAGACACCCAUGCAUCACUGAGGACGUUGGAAGCUGGAUUAAAAACGCUGCACUCUUCAGCCUCGAUCAGAGAGUGAACAGGACGGAGAUGGAGACAUUUUAUUUGGGAUUGUCAUCAUGUGAUGCUUGGUUUGAAUCACACAAAAACGAUGACAAUUCGUCGAACAAUGGCUCUCAGUUGACAUUAUCUUUAUUUUUGUACUUAUUUUAUACUAUGUACUUCUUUGUAACCAUUAUGUUCUGAUUAGAAAGAAGCGAGCACAAUGAAUUGACCAUUAUUACUAGUUCACGAAUGAGUGAUAAUACAGAUGUUUUCUUUAGGUCGAUGUACUAAUGUAAUAGUGCACAUGCACCUAUCAAUUAUUAUGCAAGCUUUGUUUCUUAUAACGGCGAUGUACUAAAUUAAAUGCAUUGUCAUUUCAUCAUUAAAGCUAUAUACACGCCAUAAUGUUGCGUCAAUUUUUGAAUGACAUAGAAAACGGAUGUAUUUGUUUACUAAUAAAAGUUUUUUUUUAACCUUUAUGUUUGAAAAACAAUAAUGAAUUCGAUCACGUAACAAAGAUAAUAGAUUCAAACUGAUGGAAAAAUAUUAAUUUUCCUACGUAAUGCCUUGUUUUAAAUAUAAAUCUAUCACUUGAUUUCGUCAGCCAUAGAAAAAUGGGAAGAGAGUCAACACCUUCAUAACUAUUGUUUUGUUUAAGAUGGAAAGGUUAUAAUUUUUAGCAAAUCAUACAUUGGUCCUUUAUACAAUAAACAAGUACAAACAAAAGAGAACAAAAACACGAGCGUGUGAGCAAUAAGGGAUGUACCUGACUGUAUAUGUCUCAUGUGUGUCUGUUCCCCUA